AUGGCAUGCUCCCACGUUGAAGCUCUGGCAUCGUCCUUGAAACCCCCUUCGCCAUCACAGCAGGUGCACAGGGAAGAGUGCACCCUCUGUUUUGAUGGACAAUGUUUCAAUGGAGGCUGCUUUGGUGAAGACCGCAAGCACGCUUACCUGCACUCGCAGAAGAAGAACCACCCGCUCGGCGUCGUCAUCAAGCGUACACGGAAGGAGCAGAAGAAACGCGACAACUCUGAGCCUCCAAUGAAGAAGCUUGCUAUCUCUGCUCCGUCUGACGAGGAGACGUAUGACUACAGCACUUCGGUGCGCUGCUUCGGCUGCUCUCCGGUUGGGGAAGCUGUCCAGGUGGACAACCCAGCGGCCACUGUCGACGGUAUUAUGAAAGCGCUCUCGUCGGCUCAGCAGUCCGAGGUCAAGGCAUGGGAGGAGGAGAUCAUCCCCUGCGAGCACGCUUUAACUCUGGAACAAGUCCCCCUCAUCACCCCGGGCGAGGCCAGUGCACUGAAUGUGAUCUCACGUCCAAUCUCUGGCUUUGUCUCACGUGUGGCCUGGCCAACUGCGGUCGUCAGCAGUACGGAGGAAUCGGUGGUAACGGGCAUGCCCUGCAGCACUUCAAGGACACCGGUCAUCCCCUUGGAGUCAAGCUUGGUACCAUCACCCCUGAGGGCACCGCGGGUACGUCACACUGCGGAAACCGAGCUGAUCCAAGACAUCUACUGCUACUCUUGCGACGAUGCCAAGAUUGACCCCGAUCUGGCCAACCACCUUCGCACGUUCGGCAUCAACGUGCUCGAUCAGUCCAAGACUGAGAAGUCCAUGACUGAACUUUUCGACUUCUCCAUGACUGGCGACGAUGGCAAGGAACUUGAACCGCUGUUCGGUAAGGGCCUCACCGGCUUCAAGAACCUCGGCAACAGCUGUUACAUGGCGUCAGUCCUCCAGACUCUGUUCUCGAUCCCCGCGUUCCACCAGCGGUACUAUACUGAGGCUGCUAUGGCGCACCCUCAGACAUGUGACAAGCUGCCUGCGGACUGCCUCGAGUGCCAGAUGCUCAAGGUCGCCGACGGUCUCUUAUCUGGUCGCUACUCGAAGCUGGCGAAGGCUCCGCCGCCGGCGAACUCCGAGUUUGAGGUCAACGAGGAGCCCAAGUUCCAGGACGGUAUUCGCCCCGCCCAGUUCAAGGCCCUCAUCGGCAAGGGUCACGAGGAGUUCUCAACCAUGCGUCAACAGGACUCGGAGGAGUUCCUCGGCCACUUGCUCUCUCGCUUGCGCCAGGAGGCGAAGAGCCAGGGUCGCCCCGAGAGCAGUGAGGCAACUGAUGCGUUGAGGUUCGGUAUGGAGCAGCGCUUGCAGUGCGACGAGUGUAAGAAGGUCGGGUACAAGGUCGACAGCGUCGACCUCGUCAGCCUCCCCGUGGAGGCGGAGGAGACGAGCGUGACUGAAGACGGCAAGAAGACGUUCAGGCCCGUCACUCUCGAGUCAUGCAUCGAGGCACUCUGUGCUCCUGAAGAGCUCACCGAUUACGCCUGUGGAACCUGCGGCAAGCGCGUUCGCGCUGAGACGACGACCAAGUUCAAGACUUACCCCGAGCUUCUCGUUCUGCACAUGAAGAAGUUCCAGCUCGUGAACUGGCUUCCCACAAAGCUCGAUGUCCCCGUUCAAGCCCCCGACUCGCUGAACCUGGACAAGUUCCACGGCACCGGCCGCCAGCCUGGAGAGGAAGAGCUUGACAUCGACGCCGCGCCGGCCGCCGCGCCGCAGUUCGACCCCGUUGCCAUGUCGCAGCUGGAGGCUAUGGGCUUCCCGACCGUGCGCUGCCAGAAGGCGCUGCUCGCGACAGGCGGCAACGACGCGGAGAUGGCGACGGCGUGGCUCUUCGAGCACAUGGACGACCCCGACAUCGACGCCCCGAUUCCGACCGCCGGCGGCUCUGGAGGCGCUGCCGAGCCGUCGCAGGAGCAGAUCACGAUGCUGUCUGAGAUGGGCUUCACCCCCGCUCAGGCGCGCAAGGCGCUCCGCGAGUCCAAUGGUAACGUGGAGCACGCCGUCGAGUGGCUCUUCAGCCACCCCGACGACGAUGGAGAGGAAGAGGCUCCGGCCGCGGCGGCCGGCUCCGCGCCCAGCGGCGAGGCGGACGUCGGUGGCACGCCCCCGCCUGCCAAUUACAGGCUGAAGGCGUUCGUGUCGCACAAGGGUCCCUCGGUGCACUCUGGUCACUACGUUGCGACCAUCAGGCAGCCGCAGAAGGGUCUGGCCGAUGAGAAGGAGGACGAGUGGGUGCUCUUCAAUGACGAGAAGGUCGUGCGCGCGCCGCCUGGUGGCGGUGAGGAGAUGCGUUCGCUCGCGUACCUCUACGUCUACGAGCGUGUUUAG